GUCUCUACUCAGUCUAGAGUCGAUCGUUGAAGUGGAAAGUGCGCUCUGUGGAUCUUUACAUUUCGCGGUUAUUUCGUUAAAAAUGGUUUAUAUAGUUUGUUUUGGUAAUUUUUUUUGUGACAAUGAGGUAGCGAUUUUGUGAUAUAUAUGUGUUAGAAAGAUACUAUUAGAAACGCUGGAGUGGUUAUUCGUUUUAUUAAUUGUCGCAAUGUCUUUUUUUAAUUUUGGGGAUUUUUCGGGUACUCCUCAAAGACCUUCGAGUGCUGUGAGUCCUCCCGCCAUACCUUUUUGUACUAGUCCAAGUCAACUUCAAGAAGUUACUCUGGAACACGAUGGAACGUUUUCAAAUACGAUGGGUCUUCGGUCUCCCAGCGGACCUAUGCGUGGACGAUCUGUCAAAGAAUUUGAAGAACAACUUACCAACCUCAAAAAAGAAAAUUUUAAUCUUAAACUUAGAAUAUAUUUUUUAGAAGAAAAGAUGGGCAGCAAUUUUACUUUAGAUAAGGAUAAUAUUGUUAAGAAACAUAUAGAAUUACAAGUUGACUAUGCGAAUUUAAAAAAAGAAAUGGAGGAAAAACAGGAUCUGCUGUGCCAAGCUGUUAAAGCGAUGGAACUACAAGACGAAGAACACAAAAAAUAUGCAGCGGAGAAGGAAUACCAGUUGAACAUGUAUAAACAAGAACAAGAAGACCUCAGAGUACAGUUGCAGGAUAUUAAAAAUGAUUCGGAAGCAACUUCAUAUAGAACCGAUACGACUGGAUUUUGCAGUAGUAAAGCUACGCAUAGUACAACAAAUGAACUACAACAACGAAUUAAAAUUUUGGAAAAUGAGAUUCAUUUAGAGAAAGAGAACAACGCCUCGCUACAAUUCGUCAUUGGACAAACCGAAACGUUAAAAAUCCGUUGUGAAAAUAUGCAGAAAGAGAUGCAUGCUAAAGAAGACAUAAUCAAAAACCUCCAAAACGAAAAUGAGACUUUGAGCACUAGAAUUACGGCUAAUACAAUGCAAAUGAAAGACCUCCAAGAUAAAUUAGAUGUUAUGUAUAAAGAGAACCAAACUCUCCUCAAAAAGAUGGUAACCGACAAUAAGAAGUUUGAGGAAUUGGCAGAACAAUAUGCCGAACUUAAAAAAAAAUACAGUGGUAUGAAGGCAGACCUGGAAAGAGAACACAAAAAAACCGAAAGAGUCAAGUCAGCCAAUGAUACAAAAGUGUCUGAGCUAGAAGAAGAAAAUGAAAAAUUGAAAUUAAAAUACCGAGAACUCCAAUCUAAAUUUGAUGCAGCUGUGACUGAAAUAAGGAAAAACCAAAAUCUAGCGGUGUCUAAGAGUCCGAUGCUGAAAUCUAACAAAUCAAAUACUGACUGUCGUUCUGUUUCAGUUCAGGACCCAACAACACCUACAGGAAUUGCGGAAAAGAACGCAUUACAUGUACAGAUAGCUUCUUCUUCCGAAAGUACAAUAUCUUCAACUUCUUCUACGUCUUUAACGUCUCCGUCUACUAAGCCAGAAAAAUAUAAUGUCGACUUUGAGGAGUUGUUGAAGAGUUCUAGAAAAGAAAAAAUUAUUAGUCUAUUCACGUCUCUUAGACAGGAUUACGAAACCCAAAGGCAGAAACUAUUCAAAUUGAAAACGGAGCAAUUCAAGGCAUGUGAGAUAAUAAAAAACAUGAUCGAAUCCAGGAAUAAGGCCAACGAUGAAAUAACCCUUUAUCAAAUGCAGAUAAAAAAUCUCGAAAAAGAAUUGGAGUCGGUGGUGUCUAAGCCUACUAGUGAUGGUGACAUUGCUCCCUUAAGAGAAAGAGCUGUUAGGACCAAUAAUGAGAAAUCGAUGGAGGAGAUGCAAGCGGAAGGUAUGGACAUGGCAGAGCAGUACAAAGUUCUUAGUGUUGAGUUGGAGGCCAAAAUACAGAUACUGGAGGCAACUUUAAAAGAAAAAGACAACCAGAUUCAAAAGAUUCGCGAACAAUACGACAAUCUAUUAACAAGUUUGGAAUAUAAAGACAACAAAAUAACAGAGUUGGAAUUUGAGGUAUUAUCUGGAAAUCCAGACGCUAAAGAAAAAGAAAAGGAAAUAGAACGACUCAACUCCUUUUUACAAGAAAUCGUUAAUAAAGAAUUGUGGGAGAAAAACAAAGAAAUUGAAAAGUUACAUAGCAAACUGAUGAAUUCACCGGAAAUUUUAAAAUUGAAGAAAGACCUCACAGGAAAAGAUCAACAACUUAAAGUUUUGAAGCAAACUAUUUCUGAGCUUGGUUUAGAUCUGAAUGUUGGUUACGAUGCAGAGAUGAAAGACUUUUCUUCAUCUCCAACAAAAAUCAAUAACAUCAGAACCCUUCAAGAUGAAUUGAAAGCUUGCAAAGAAGAAAGAGACUUCUUGAAACUCAAAAUCAAAGAAGUAGAAGCCGUCAACUACCCUGAAAUUAUUGAAAAACUGAAAAGCCAAGUGGAAUCUCUAAAAAUUGAUUUAGAAAAAUCCGAAAAACUCAAACGUGAAUCUAACAAAGUUUGUACUUUGCUCAAUUGUCGAUUGGAAGAGUUAACAAUAUUUUUAGAUUCUUUGUUAAAACAAAAAUCAAUUUUGGGUUAUAUUGGAAUGCAUAAAGAGAGAAAAUUGAGAGAAAUCAUUAAUAGUAGCUUAGAUUUAUCAAAAUCUUUUAAUAUGAGUUUGGGCUUCAAUCCUGACCAAAGCUUGGCACAACUCUCAAACAUUACAUCAAUUUUAAAUGGAUCAGCAUUUAAAGAUUUGUCUCUGGACUCACGAGAAGUCGAAGAAAGUCCCGAAAUUUUGAGUAUAGUUCCUAGUGAUAUUACCCUGACAUACCAAAGCCAUUUAUACAAACAAAACAAAAAAUCCGAACCGAAUUGCGAUGAAGUCAUCACGGCGUUAAGAGAACAAAUUGUUAAUUUGAAAUCGGAACUUCAGCUGAGAGAUAACGAGUUAAAUAAAUUAAAUACCAUUACCAAAAUAUCUGAUACAGAUGAGGAACAAAGAAACAAUAACUUGAGUGGAUACGCUAGGGAACUAUCCAAGUAUGUAACUCCUACAAAAAGUAAUACCACUUCAACAACUUUGAAAUACCAAAGUGACUGCCAUUCAGAAUCAGAAGGAUGGUCAGAACCAGAUAGAGCAGUGUCCAGAGCUAGAAUAGGCCUUAAUCAAACUCUUACUAAUUCCAUAACAUCUAAAGAAGAAAGGUUUAGCGAAAGUACUGAAGAUGAAGCUACCUGCAAUGUAACACCGAAGAUUAAAACGAUGUAUGAUAAACAACAGAUUAUUGAACUUCAUCAACAGAUGAAUGAAUUACAAAUGGAAUGUGAACAAAAAACUCAACAACUGAGAUCAACUGUAGCCAAGGAAUUGUACGAACAAGUAAAAACUAACUUGUUGCAAACAGAAGAGAAACUUCUCAAUGUCGAAACUUUGAAAUCAGAAGCGGAAAAUCAAGUUGUUGCUCUUAAAAUUCAACUGGAAGAUUUGAUGAAAACCAAGGAAGAGUUAAUGCGUAGUAUUGUGAAUAAAGAUAAAGAAGUACAAAAUUUGAUAAACUCUCUAGAAGUUGAAAAAACUGAGAAGUUGAAUUUGACUGAAGAACUUAACAGGGUUAUCCAAAAAGCAAAAGAGGAUUUGGUGAACUAUGAAAACAAAGAAAAGGAUUUCAAAGAACUUGAAACACGAAUGAAGAAGGUUGUUGAAGAAUUUGCAGUAGAUAUAGAAGCUGAACAUAUUAGAAAAUUAGAGGAAAUUGAGCAGAAAGUGACUGACAAAAUUGAACUUAUCAAAGAAGAAUAUUCCAACAAUUAUGUACAGAGGAUGAAAGAGAUUGAAGAGAACUAUUCCAAAAACUUCAUUAGAAAAUCUGAAGCGGAACAAAAAUUACUUGAAGUUGAUAGACUUAUAAGUGAGUUGGAUGAACUGAAGGAAAUGGUCGAUUCCUAUGAGCGCACAUUAAAAAUGUACCAAAAUAAAGAACAAGAAAUUAGUAAUAAGGUGGCAGAAGAACAAGAAAAGAUUUCUAAUCUAAGAAAGGAAUUAGAUGCUACAACUUUACAAUAUUCAGAAUCUGUAUUGGAGAAAACCAAACUGGCGAACGAAAAGACUCGAUUGGAGCAAGAACUUGAAAGGUAUAACUUAAGAGAUUCUGAACUUAAACAACAACUAGCGGAAAUCCGAGCUGAAUGCGAUUCCGUAUCCCAAAACUACCAGCUACAAAUUUCUACAUUACAAAAACAGAAGUCGGAGCUUCAAGUGAAAAUCAGUGUGUUGGAAUCAAACAAUGCUGAAUUACACAACAGGUUCGUUAGAGCACAGGCUCAUCGCGUCGAACUUUCAUCUACAAUGCCAAAUUUGAGUACCACAAACCACAAUAUUGGCUUCCAAAGACAGUUUUCUCAGCCUAGUUACAGUUCAGAGGAUAACUUAGAAGAAUGUAGCAGGUACAAUCUUAACACCUCGUUAGCAAGAAAUAGACAACAUCCAGACGUUGAUAGACAAGAAGCUAACGCAUCUCCUGAUUUGGGGAUCGAAAGUGACCAAGGACGAUUUUCAAGUUUGGAAAUGCAUCACAAUAAUACUAAUAUUGUUAGACCUUUAUUACAGACUAUAGAGUUGACUGAAUCUAUGAACAAUUUACUUGAUGGAGAUGGGGAUACCAACGAGAAGAUUGAUAGUGGGGAAAAACAACAUUGCUGUCAGAAUACACAAGAGUUAAGAAAUGAAAACCAUGAACUCAAACGAAAACUGCUUGGAAUGCGUCGUGCUUUAGAAGAAACUGCCCAACAACUCACAAUUGCCAAUCAGCGAAAGAGACAAGUAGAAAAGACUAUUUGUAAACAAAUUCACAAAACGAGCCAAGUUCUUCGACAGGCUAAGGCCAAUCUUGAUUCUGGUUCAGAAAGUGAUGCAUUCAAGAUGUAAUUAUACAAAAACUUAAUUUUACAUUUGUUUUUAUCUAUUUUUAAUUUAUUUCUAAAUAUGAAUAUGUACAAUGAAUAUCCUGCUGUCUGUACAUUAUUUGUAUCAUAUAAAUAUGAUAGAAAUCUCUUUUACAAAAUCCUGGGAAUGUGAUAGUUCCCGAAAUCUGUGUGCCAAUUUUUAUGCUUAUUUUAAUGGGGUAUGGUAUGUUUAGUAUAAAAGGCAGAGUGUUUGCGUAAAAUGUUAGUAGUUUAAUGAAAUCAACAGUAUUUUGUGAUAACAUGUAUAUUUUUGUAAACUAUGUAUAUAUUUGAAUAUGUAGAAUAAAUCUUUUUGAUUUUUUAUAAAA